AUGCUUCUUCUACUCACUAAUUACACCACCAGCUACCUCCUUCUGUCAAUUCUUCCCCCUCCGUGGAACCAGAACGAAACACAAGACCCACCGCGCCAUUGCGACAGUGGAGGAAAAUCGAGAUUCUCCCUCCCUCGCGUGAAGCCUCGCUCUCUCGCUCGUCUCACUCUAACAUACAAAACUUUCAAACAAACAAAAUGCAGACUACGGCUAAAGCGAAAAAGUUUGAAAUCGAAACGAGUUACCUUCGACGAAUUCGACACAGUGAUGACAACUUCUAGGUUUGUAUUUCUUCUACAUUCUUCAUCCAUCUCCAAUGCCUUGAGACAAUGA